AGAUGAAAUGCAGAAGCGGAGAAAAGUAAAAGGGAAAAGAUCGUGCUUCGAAAGCUUCUGUGGAGGGGGAAAGGAGAGAAAGAAAAAAAGAUGGUGGAAGGAGGUUGGACUCGACUGGAGGAAAAGCAGUUCCCACAGUAUACUAGGCCGAAGAAACCCGCGUGCGGAGCAGAACUUGCGUUCACAGUCACCGUUGCUUUCGAAGGAGGCUUCGUUCGGCGAAGACAUAGCGAUUGAGAGGGGAAAGCGAGAGAGAAAGAGGGGUCAUCAGAGAAAAGAAAGCUUCUUUCUUUUAUCAUUCUUCUUCUGGUGGUUUUACUCCUUGUGCAUUAGCUCGCACAUUUUUUGGCUCCGCGGUUUCAAGCGCGCCAGGAGUGCCAUCGGAUGCUGCUGGGAGCACAUUAAGGACAUCCUCGCUCGUGAGACGGCGGUUCCACGGUCUUCAGAUUCGGGCACGGCACGUGACAUUGCGACUACCCCGGGGCAAGCUUUCUGGUCUGUCGCCGGCUAAAAUAGACGGUACGAGAGAGAGGUCUUCGGUUCCGAAAUAGCUGCCUCUCUUGCGCGAAUAUCGGCUGGUCCUUACGGAAAAAAGAAAGGAAGUUUGAAUUCUUCUCGACUGGCCAGAGACAUCCGACGUCGGAAGACACAACGACGAGCGUUCACACCAGAGGAGGUCCAGAGCCUGAGUUCCAGUGGUGGGAGAAACCGAAGGAAACCAAGUAGCGGCCUGUUUGGUGGUGUGUUUUUGUUUUUUUCUUCAGUGAACGGAAGCUUGUUCUUGUGCAAACCAACAAGGAUUACGCGUCCGUGGUAAGACUCUUGGAUUCGCCAGGUCGCUGGCGCGGUGUGCUCAGCAAGGUGGAAGCCGCCCACGAGUCAACUCUGUGUCUCCUAGGAGCGACGAUGAUUUCCGUGGUGCGGGUACCAGGCAACGUCGCCAUGAUCCUCAUGUGCGCCCUCGUUCUGAUCGGUCUUCGGCCGGUGGUGGGCAUCUCUCUCAAGCUGGGCUGCAGCAUAGAAGUGCUGGACAAGUGUGGCGCUGACCUGGUCAUUUUCGGCACCGGCCACACAGUUCCCAACACCACCAAAGAGCUGCUCAAGCAGUGCGAGAUCGAGUUCUCUGCUGGUGUCUGCGCGAGGCAGUUCGCCAACCGAUGCCUUCCUCCGCUUCCACGUGGCAUGGUCGUGGUCAUCCUGGAAGGCAUCAGCCAGGAAGUCUCCUCCAAGUGCAACGUCUCCAAUCCACUACACGAUGAGUUCCUGAAGCAUGCUCCCUGCAUGAACAAGGUGGGCGACACGCUUCACAUGUGCAUGAAGAAGCUCACGCUAAGCCUCGACUACAGCGCCAGCAUCGAGCCACACCUAAGGGUCGGCCGCUCCUGCUGCAACUUCGCCGAGUACCUCAAGUGUUCGGGCGACGCGAUGCGAAAGCAGUGUGGCGCCGAGGCGGAGGACUACAUCAAGAAGCUGCUGACGAGGUCGGCGGGCGACUUCAUCGAGAUCGCCUGCAUCAACCACCGCACCGACUUCGAGUCCUGCAAGUCAUCCGCGGCCGUGGUGGACAUGUCCACGACGCGAAUCACCUCGCUGCUGUCGCCCAUGGCCAAGCUGGUGUCGGCCGAGGGCUAGCCCGUGCAUUGGCUGCCGACAUUCCCGUUCCCCCGACUCGCGACAGGGAGCGGGAAAAGAAACGCGGUUAUGGUGAAACACCAUAGAUUAAUGGAGCUGACUGCAACAGGACAGCGAGGUUCUGUUGGGACCCGGACAGGGCUUGAACGGGACCAUACUUAGCCGGCCAUAGACUCGUGUUCAUUAAGAAAUCACCUGUAUGGACAGGACUCGUCUCUCCUUAUCCGAAGGCGCAAAUGGUGAGGCCACUCGGAACGUCAUGCAUGUUCUCCGUAGGAAGCAUCUGGCAUGGCUUGAUGCGCCACUGACGGGUUGGAUACGAGGUUUCUCCAUGUCUUUAGUUAGCUAGAGUUCCGAAACGGCGCAGCAGGUGGCGGUCAGUGACGUAGUGCCUUUAUUGCUGUUCCUUCUACAAGGUCCUCAAAGUUAAACAGUUUUUUAAAUAAUAAUAUUAUUAAACGCUAUGCUAGCUACGCAGAAUGUACUUGCGGAGGCAAUUUUUCUGCUUCUGCGGACACAAAUUUGCGGACAAUUGUAGUCAUCAAGCGUAAAUUUAACACGAACUACUGAUUACAUUUUUUUGCUAUACCGAUUAUGGUAUAUGUUAAUACUUGAAACGUCAAUACAUUCGCAUUACUACACCACUUCCAUUUGAUUCCCCAGGAGUGCUUCCGCUCCGAGAUAUUCAUCGUCAAAUUUUAUUCUCGGUCAGCUCAUUUUGCAUUCGCGAGCUUGGAUCUCGACGCGCCGUCAAGCCGUGAGGGAACGUAAACGUGAGGGAAAGAGAAAAAGUCAGUCGUUGCAUGUUUUUAUUAGCCUACAGAAGAGCGCGCAGCUUUUAGCAGCUUCGCCCUGCUUGCAACCCAUAUUCUACGUGCAUGUCUACGUCACAAUGGGGAUCUGAAGUAGUGCCGAUGCUAAUGCUUCUGAAAGCGAAGGAAGGAAGGAAGGAAGGAAAAAGUGGAGAAGGAAAGGUAGGGAGGUUAACCAGUUUAGCGUAACCGGUUUGCUACCCUACACAUGGGAGAGGGAUGGGGGAGAUUAAAGAUGGGGAAGGGGGAGAGGGAGAGAGAGCACAUAGCAGAGCACACACACAUCGUCCGUUGGAGUCCAUCAAUCUGGCAUGGUAGGCGACAUCACUCUCACAGCCGCUUGUCCAAUCCUGUCUCUUUCAAAAACCGAAGUAGCCCCUUUGUCGCCUUCACUUGCGAUAUCUUCUGUCAGCGGUAUGUGAAAAUCGUGUCGAGGGACAAUGGUCUACUGUCAAGGCGCGCUAGAACAGAUGCCAGGGACUGUCGCUGAACAUUAUAUUCAGGACAGUCCACUGAAAGCGAAAUUAGCUGAAUGAGUGUCAUAACUGAUGAUGAAUAUAUUCGCAACCGAAACGCCCCAGGAGAACCAAACAAAGUGUCGUUGUCGUCAAAAUGUGUGUUGAUGUUUCCAAUAUAAACACAUACAUUAAUCGUGUAAGCAGAGAAAUCAUUUAAGAAGCUUUUGUUGAUUAUUUGCUUGACAAUCUCAUUUUUCUCGAAAACUGUGUCCUCCAAAGCGCAGCAACCACUUGUGCAAACAGGUUUUGCUAAGCUAGAAUAGCGUUUUUUUUAUUAAAGUUUCUGUUAGCUUUAACUUUGAAGGCCCCGUAGCUUACUUUUCUGAAUCCGUCGCUUAGUGGCACAGUUGUCGAUGGCGUCAAAUAUUAACCUUGAAGGCACUCUAAUCUAAAAAAGGAAUACACUACCAAAGUGAGCAGAGUAGGCAAGAGGGAUUAUUCAUUAGAAACAACUGUUUCGGAAAUCAAUGUAACGUAACGUGCAUGCGCUCUAAGUAGCUUUGACUGCCCAGUUCUGCAGAAAAACACACGAGUGACUUGUUGCCAUUGCAAAAUCCCAGGUGUGAAAUCACAGGCUACAAGCCUGCGUGUAUCGGUUACAACACAACAGAAGCUCUUGAUUGCGUUGCAGCGUUGGUCUGUUUCAGUAAGGAAGCAGUCAUGGACGUCUUCAAAAUACAUCUACCACGAAGAAGUCCAUCAAGGUGGCAAGCGUAUCUCCUUUUAUGUAUGCAGAAUCCUCACUAUAGGAGUGCCCAUUGCGGUAGAUAUUAUGAGCCUGUUCAUCGCUUCAGGAAAGCGUGGGAGAUUGUGCGCUGAGAAACAUGACGCUGUUUCAGAAACGGCGUGACGUACGUCUGUUUUGUGAAGCGAACAAAGAACUCUAGGUUCUACAAUUAUUCUUAGGUCUCUGGCCUAAGGCUCACUGAUAAGGAGUCCUCUGCAUAUUUACGCGGAAAAUGGUGCUGGCGGUCAUCCUAACACGUUCAUCCUUUCUCCCUGCGCUCAUCCAGAAAAUUAAAAAGCACGUCCACUUUCGAGGGACGUCAGCAGGCAUGAUUAGCUUUGGAAACAUUGAAUGUCCGCUCGCACAUAACUGGUUGAAAAAAAAAGAAAGAAAUGUGCGUUGUGGAUCUCGUAUAGUCAUUUUUUUGGUGCCGCGGGGUUACCCUUUCAUAACUUUUCGAGUACUCGAGGACGAGACGCCGGCUCAUUCCGUAGAAGCAGGAUCAAAGCUUCGAGCAUCAGCGUUUUCGGGCAGGCAGGAAGCCUGUUGUGGACUUAAGAUUUGUCGUACGGCUGUUUUUUUUUCCUGUGUCGCAUGCGUGAUUAUUUCUAUAUUUGUCGUGCUGUGAACUUUUAUUCUUAUUUUUGGCAUUGUUGUAACAACUGGUAUUUCUCUCUCUAGAUCUUCUGCGCUGGCGCCUAUGGUGCUGUGUAGUGUUUGAAUGAGUAUGAAAUAAAAGACAGUCGUUUUCUG